AUGCCUGUCCGUUUCUUGACGCUGCAUUCGGUUGUAAGAUGUCUCAUGGUUGUGCUAACGGUGAUGGUAACAAAUAUAGUGGAGCCAGUGGAUGGAAAAGUCAACAUUUCUGGUCAACAAAAGCAAGCGAUUGAAUUCAGGCUUAAGCAACUCAACAAGCAAGCUCUUAAUUCCAUCGAGAGUUCAAACGGAGAGAUAAUUGAUUGCAUAUCUAUCGCGAAGCAACCAGCUUUUGAUCAUCCCAUGCUCAAAAAUCAUACGAUUCAGAUGACACCUAGUUCUUAUCCGCAUGAGGUUUUAGCUGAAGAAAACAAUGCUCCAGCACCAAGCAACGACGAAGAACAACCAGAAAAUAUAGUUCAUCCUUGGCAAUUGGUAGGAGAGUGCCCUGAAAACACUAUUCCAAUCAAAAGAAUAACAAAAGAAGAUCUUCUAAGAGUAGAUGAUAUUAAGAAUUACGGGAAAAAAUUGAAUAUCUCUCGGCCUCAUCAAUUUUAUCAACCGACGGAUACAAGUGUCGAUAAUGGCCACGAGUAUGCUAUCACAUAUGUUAAUGGUGGUCCUUACCGCGGAACGAAAGCACAGAUAAACGUAUGGAAACCGCGGGUAGAAGCAGGAGAAUCCAGUAUAUCACAGAUAUGGAUCGUUGGAGGCAAAUUUGGUCCUGGUUUGAAUACUAUAGAAGCUGGUUCGCAUGUCAACCCGACUCUAUAUGGUGAUGAUAAUCCUCGAUUUUUUAUCUAUUGGACAAGGGACAAUUACCAGAAUACAGGAUGCUACAAUCUCAUAUGCCCCGGCUUUGUUCAAAUAAACAAAAGACUCACCCCUGGUUAUUUGUUAACACCCAUCUCCACCUAUAAUGGUUCACAAUUCAAAUUUACCGUACAAAUAUGGAAGGAUCCAAAGACAGGAAACUGGUGGUUACAAUUGAAUGAGCAAGAGUUGAUAGGGUAUUGGCCAAAAGAGCUAUUCACAAAUCUUGCAGAUGAAGGGGCAAGCACGAUUGAAUGGGGAGGUGAAGUGGUGAACACAAAGAAAGACGGACAACACACAACCACUGAAAUGGGAAGUGGACACUUUCCAAGUGAAGGAUUUGGAAAAGCAAGUAGCUUUGCACUCAUCAAAAUCAUUGAUAUGAAUAAUGGUAUAAUAGAUCCGGUUGGAGUUCAAACAUUAGUGAGUCGGCCUACUUGUUACGAUAUUAAAACUGGUUAUGAUAAACUAUACGGGGUUUUUUUCUACUAUGGUGGUCCUGGUCGUAACCCUGAGUGUCUUUAGAGAUUUCAUAUCUAUGUAUACUCUAAUUUGCUAAAGUUGUAUUGUGCUCCGGAUGGUUGUGAAUGUAGACCAAGUCUACUUCAUUCUCUAGAGUUAUUUAGUUAUAUCUAAAAACUAAGUUUGCUUAUUACUUUUUGCAUGUCUUCUUCUCAAAUUUUUCAAGUUUGGUUAUCACCUUUGGUUAUGGAUGGGAAUGUGUCUGGUGGAGAAAAAGUUUAGAACUUAAUUAACAUAAAUUAGGAAAACACUGAUACUGGUAAUGGUUUCAUAGUAUAAGAUGGGAGACAAACUCGUUGCAUCAAGUCAAGAAGGAAAGGAACCAACUGUCAGAUUUUAUCAUCAAUGAAAGCGUAUGAAAUUAAUGUAUUCAUGUAUUAGAGAUUAGGCAUAUCACCAAAGUGGCUGGUGGACAAAUCUAAUUGGUUUCCAUGGUUUACUAAAGUUUAUUAGGGAAUCCUAGUUCAAUGAUGGGUUUUUAAAAGUCUAAACUAGAUUGUGUCGGGUGGUUAUUUUUAUUUUUACACACAUAAAUAUUAUUUUAUACAUGAUUAAUUCUACAUAAUUUUAAUAUAUACCAUAUUA